GCCUCCAGAGAAGAACUUGUAGCAGUGAAAGCUCGCCCUUGGAACGGAAAAGAAAACCCUAACCCCUACCCACCCCCUUGGCGGCGCCCGAUUGAACGGCCGCCGUGAAAGCUCGCCGGAGUCGUCUAUGACCGAAUAACAACCACCACCAGAAUGAAAACCUACCACGGGGUUUCCCCAGGCGGCCGCCGCAGCCGUUCUCAAAUCGGCACGAGCGAGGAAGCCGCCGAAAUGGCCGGCGCUCGCCGCAGUCGCCGCCGCUCCCAGAUCGCGGUGACCCGCCCCAGUCGCCGUAGCCGCUCCCAAAUCGGGGCGAGCGAGGAGGAUGAUGGGCUGGUCCGCCCCGGCCGCCGCCGCCGCUCCCAAAUCGGGGCGAGCGAGGAUCGCCGCCGCCGCCGCCGCACCUCUCCGGAGGCGCCUGUCCCUCUGCCGGGCGACGGCGAUACGCCGCGGAACGGCCGUCGUCCCCCCGCCCCGUGCGAGUCGCUGCCGUUGGAUAUGCUUUGGGAGAUCCUUCUCCUUCUGCCACCGCAGCCGUCGUCCCGCCUGCUCGCGUCCUUGGUCUCCAGGCGCUGGCGAGGCCUCGCCACCGACCCCAACUUCAUCCGCCAGUUCCAAGCCCGCCGCAGGAGCUGGAAGCCGCCCCUGCUCGGCUUCUUCGAGCGCCGACGGAAGAUCGUGUUCAACCAGGACAUCCUGCACCCUCCCGACCGUGUCCCUGCUGAGCGCAUCCACAUCCCGUUCGGCAUGGCCUCCCGUGGCUUUGAAGUUUUGGGGUGCCGUGGCGGCCGCGUGCUUGCCUUGCACCGGGUGUUAAGGCAGCUUAUUGUGUUCGCCCCCAUCACCGGUGAGCAGCGCUACCUGGCUGUUCCUGCCGAAUUCGGGCCGCCGUCCAUCCUCUACGGGGCGGUGCUCUGUGCUGCUGGCGAGCAGGACCAUGUGCACGGCCACUGUCAUUGCAGCCCUUUCAAGGUUGUCCUGGUGUCCCACAGAAGAGAUCAUCAACCACAGGCCUGUGUUUUUUCCUCGGAGACUGACACAUGGAGCAAUAUCAUAUCAACAAAGUAUCCAUGCGAGCUCCAUGGUGAUAGUGUUCCCGCGACCCUUAUUGGUAAUACACUCUAUUGGCUGCUUUCGUGCAAUGCCAUAUUUUGGUUUGAUUUGGAUAUGCAGAGCCUAGCUGUCAUCAUGGGGCCUCCUGGUAUGAAUGAAUCUGGCAACUAUAGGAUCAUCAAGCCUGAGGACGGCGCCGAUGGCCUAGCCAUAGCCAUAUUCCUCUUCCCGAACCUUCAGAUCUGGCAGAGGGUGAUUAAUUCUCAGGGUAUUGCCACAUGGUUUUUGCGGAAGACUGUUGAAAUGCAUAGCACUCUUGGGAUCCCUCAUCAGACUAGGAGGAAGGUGUGGCAAGACAAAGUGCUGGGGUAUGAUGAAGAUAACGAUGUGAUCAUCCUCUAUGUGGAUGACAGUGCCUACAUGCUUGAACUUAAGCAAAUGCAAUCCAGGAAACUUAAUGGAACCCGUUCUAUGAAACAAUGUCAUCCUUUCACGAGUUUCUAUCCGCCAGACAUAGCCAUCUAAGAAGCACUGAUAUGGGAACAUGGAGAGUUGGAGACGCAGAUAUGGAUGCAGAGUUGUAGGAUAUGGCAUUUUCCAGAAACAGCCAUGCGGGGAUGCAGCGAGUAUAUAAAUGAAAAAGUAGAGCAUGUGAUGUAAUGAGGACAAUAGUAUGUAUCUGUAAAAUGUAAGAUCAAAGUAGUGGCCAUUUAUUGUCUGCGGGCCUUGGUUUACCUGUGUGUAUGUGGCUGAGCUUAAUGCAGCUGAUGCCGCAAGUAUAUGUAAGUAAAUAUUUCAGGAAGGGAAAAGACAAUGCAGCAUGUAGUAUGGACAUGAUCAUAUCUGUAAGAUGUGGGAUCAAGUCUUGAUUCUACCAUGUGGUGGACAAAAUUAUAGUUGUAAGAUGUGA